GCGCUCUAUGGUCGCUUCCUAGAGCGUCCAGGCCGCGUGACGCCAUCGGGCCGCGCCGCGCCGGUUGCCAUGGUGACGGCGGCCAUGGAGGGCGGCGGAGGCGGCGGGCGGCCCUCGGCCCUGCAGGCCGCGCUGCUGGCGGCCAGCGCCGCCCUCACGGCGCUGCUGUGCUCCGCGUACCGCCGCAAGGCCCGGCUGGCCCGCGGCCUCCAGGGCGCCAGGAGGCUGCGGCUGGACGGGGAGCUGCGGGCCGUGCUGCUGGAGGCGCCGGGGCGCUGCGUGCCCUAUGCGGUCAUCGAAGGCGUGGUGCGCUCCGUGAAGGACACCCUGAGCAGCCAGUUCGUGGAGGACUGCGAGGGCGUGGUGCAGAGGCUGACGCUGCAGGAGCACAAGAUGGUGUGGAACCGAACCACCCACCUCUGGAACGACUACGAGAAGGUGAUCCACCAGCGGACCAACGCGGCCCCCUUCGACCUGGCCCCUCCGGAGGACGGCGCCGGCGUCGCCGUGAGGGUGAUGAAGCCGCUGGAAGCCGCCGAGCUCAGCCUGGAGACGGUGUACGAGAAGUUCCACCCCUCGGUGCAGUCCUUCACCGACGUCCUCGGCCACUACAUCAGCGGCGAGCGCCCCAAGGGCAUCCAGGAGACGGAGCAGAUGCUGAAGGUGGGGACGGUGCUGACGGGCGUGGGGGAGCUGGUGCUGGACAGCAACACCAUCAGGCUGCAGCCGCCCAAGCAGGGCCUGCGGUACUACCUGAGCAGCGCGGACUUCGACGCCUUGCUGCAGAAGCAGCAGGCGAACGUCAGGCUCUGGAAGGUCCUCGCCGUCCUCUCCGGCUUCGCCACCUGCGCCGUCCUCUUCUUCCUCCUGCGGAAGCAGUACCGGCACCGCCGCGAGAGGCAGCGCCUCAAGCAGCUGCAGGAGGAGUUCAGGCAAGCCCAGGAGCAGCGGCUGACGCGCGAAGCCGGCGCGGAGGGCGCGGAGGGGCCGAGAAACGCCUGCGUGAUCUGCCUGAGCAACGCCAAGGCCUGCGUCUUCCUGGAGUGCGGCCACGUCUGCUCCUGCAGCGAGUGCUACCGCGCCCUGCGGGACCCCAAGGCGUGCCCCGUCUGCAGGCAGCCCAUCGCCAGGGUGGUUCCCCUCUACAACAGCUGAACCCCCGCGCCCGGGGGGGCUUCGGGGCGUUAAAGCUCCCUCCCUGCGGGGGGUUUCUCGCUGCUCCUGCUUCGGCUGACACGUCUCGCUGCUUGGGCAGGUGGUUUGUGCGCGUUUGGUUUCUUGGUUUUUUUUUUUUUUUUGUUUUUGUUUUUGUUUUGCUGGGAAGAGAAUCGAAAAUGCUGGGGGAGGGGAGGGGGCUGGAGCAGAGCGGGGCGCUUCGGCUGGGUACGGAGGAAGGUUUGCGCGGAGGCCGACGGCCAGCUCGCUGCUGAAAUACCCGGGGUGGGAAAACUUGGCGACAGAAAGCUGCGAGAGGGCUGCUGGGAGGCUGCGGCACGCGGGCGGCACUGCCGCCUAGCAGCAGCUCCUCCGCCCCCUGGGCAGGACGGUCUCCUGCGGAGCUUCUGCGGGGUUUUGCGUGAACGCUGGUGUUUGUGGGGCAAGAGGGGAGCGGCGUUUCCCUCGCCUGCCCCGAGGCCUCCUGCCGCGCGUGGCGGGGGGCCCUUGGUUCCUCACCGCGCCAGGACAGGAGAACGAGGAAGUGACAGCGCGAUUUCCGCGGCCAGGCUCGAGCUGGGAGCUGGAGCGGGCUGUAAAAUAAUAAAAGUGGCCGAGAGGUG